UGUUGGAUGAGUAAGGCAACGACCGGCUUUAAACCUCAGUAAAACCCAAACUCUUUUCCCAUUUCACAGUCCCCGCCGUCCUCCAACGUAUAAAGCCCCAAUUGUCCAGCGAAUCCCCACCGCGCGAUAGCUGAAUUCUGCGAGUUGUUGGGUCUGCUGGGUUGCCAUCUUCAGUCGGCCUCAGCCUCUCUUUUCUCAGCUCUCCGCCCCUCCAUCUUCAUGUUGCAUUUUCAGACUGUGCUUCCUCCCGUAUAUUAAUCUCCACCGCCACCGCCGCCACGGUUUCAUCUUCUCCGCUUUAGGUGUUAUGGGCUGAUGAUUAUUGUAGGAUGCUGCUUGUUUUUGGGUUGAUAGCUGUCUAGCAUCAACCCAGAAACUAAAGCUUAUGCAAAGAGCAACUUACAAAGAGGUGAAGAAAAAAAAGUAUGUCAAACCAUUGCUCAUCACUUCAGGUUGAAGUACAAAUGUUACUGGUGGGUCAAGUUCUAUAAGGAGGUGGAAGCAGAAGAAGAAUUAGCGUCACGCUUCAGUUUUUCAACCAAAAGGAGGAGAGAGGUGGUUUUCUUUUUAAUCUGAUCAGUUGUCCCUGAUCUUAAUAAUCAAAAGUAGAUCUCCUAUUAGCCAGUUUUCUCGAGACACCUGCUGCAAAUUCGGGCAACGUCAUGCGAUCAGUUCUUGCUUACCAUGUUAUUAUGUGCAGAAGAUACUUUAUAGUGUAUGCCACCAUCUUAUUCUCGUUUCUUCCCAAGAGGCCUUUCUAUAUCUCAAAUCCAAAGAUUCAUACCUAAAAGCUGGAAGGAAGGAACGAAACUAUUUGGGAAAUUAUCUGCUUUAUGUAUUUCGGAAACAGGUUCAGCUGUUGAUGGUUCUAUGGUAGAUUCUCUUCUUACAUCCAUCAAGAAUUAUGCAAGCCAAGGAAAUUUAUCAAAAGCAUUCAAAACUAUCUCUCUUGUCCAGCUCUAUGCCUCUUCUCCUACUUGUGACCUUAUCUUACAUUCCAUCUCCUCUGUUAUCUUAUCUUGUGCCAACCAUAAAGCAUUACUACAUGGUGAACAGCUUCAUGCACAUAUUGUCACAUUGGGAUUUGAACGACACCCCAUUUUGGUUCCCAAGCUGGUUACAUUUUACUCGAGCUUUAAUCUCCAUGCUGAUGCUCGUAUCAUUAUUGAGAAUUCAAAUAUAUUGCAUCCUCUACCUUGGAAUGUGCUCAUCUCUUCAUAUGUUAAAAAUGAACUUUUGGAUGAGGCUCUCUCUACGUAUAAACAAAUGGUCAACAAGGGGAUUAGGCCAGAUUGUUUCACUUACCCAUCUGUUCUCAAGGCUUGUGGUGAAAAAUUGGAUAUAAGUUUUGGUAGGGAUGUGCAUAAGUCCAUUGAUGCUUGUUGUCAGGAGUGGAAUUUAUUUGUGCAUAAUUCAUUGGUCGCCAUGUAUGGGAAAUUUGGGCUUCUCGACGUUGCUCGCCACUUAUUCGACAAAAUGCCCACAAGGGAUGCAAUUUCUUGGAAUGCAAUGAUCUCUGGUUAUGCCUCCAAGGGCAUGUGGACAGAUGCAUUCGAGCUGUUUGGAAACAUGCAGAUGGAGGGUAUUGGAGUUAAUAUCUUACUGUGGAAUACCAUUGCUGGAGGGUGCUUGAGGACGGGUAAUUUCAGGGGCGCUCUUGAGUUGCUUUCUCAAAUGAUAAGUUGUGGUAUUUUAUUGGACUCGGUAGCAUUGACAAUUGGUUUGAGUGCUUGUUCCCACAUUGGAGACAUUAAAUUAGGGAAGGAAAUUCAUGGUUUUGCGAUUCGUAGUGGUUGUGAUGGGUAUGAUAAUGUUAAUAAUGUAUUGAUUACAUUGUAUUCUAGGUGCAAAGACCUUAGGAAAGCCUAUACUUUGUUUGAAUUGAUAGAAGAUAGGAGUAUAAUUACUUGGAACUCCAUGCUUUCUGGUUAUUCCCACAUGGAUCGAGCUGAGGAAGCUUCAUUCUUAUUUAGGGAGAUGUUGUGUUCAGGAAUUGAACCUAACUAUGUUACUAUUGCCAGCAUCCUUCCCCUCUGUGCUCGGGUAGCAAAUCUUCAACAUGGGAAGGAGUUCCACUGCUACAUUACAAAACGUUUAGUGUUUGAUGAUUGUUUAUUGCUGUGGAAUUCCCUUGUGGACAUGUAUGCCAGAUCAGGCAAGGUUUUACAGGCGAAAAGAGUAUUUGAUUCAAUGUUGAAGAGGGAUGAAGUAACUUAUACUUCCAUGAUUGCAGGAUAUGGAGUCCAGGGUGAAGGAAAAGCUGCACUGAAGUUAUUCGAAGAGAUGAACUUGUUACACAUAAAACCAGAUCAUGUAACUAUGGUUUCAAUUUUAUCAGCUUGUAGCCAUUCUGGUCUAGUAAUCCAAGGCCAAUUGCUAUUUGAAAAGAUGCUGAGUGUAUACAGUAUAACUCCCAAUUCAGAGCACUAUGCCUGCAUGGUUGAUCUCUUUGGGAGGGCCGGUCUACUAAACAAAGCAAAGGAGAUUAUCACAAGGAUGCCUUACAAGCCAACUUCUGCUAUGUGGGCUACACUUAUUGGAGCAUGUCGUAUCCAUGGAAAUAUGGAGAUAGGGGAAUGGGCAGCUGGGAAGUUGUUAGAAAUGAGACCAGAAAAUUCUGGUUACUAUGUGUUAAUUGCUAACAUGUAUGCUGCUGCUGGUUGUUGGAACAACCUAGCGAGAGUGAGGGCUUUCAUGAGGGACUUGGGUGUGAAGAAGGAUCCUGGCUGUGCUUGGGUUGAUGUGGGCGAUGGAUUUUCACCCUUUUUGGUGGGGGACACAACAAAUCGGCUGAGAGAUGAAAUUUACCUUUUGUUGGAUGGCUUAACGGAGUUAAUAAAAGAUACUGAUUCCGUUGUAAAUGGGGAUAUAAGUUCAGGUUAUGAUGUUUUUGAGGAUUAGAAUAGAAGGAAGCCGAUUAUACGAAAAGGAUUGCUAACACAUGUGAAGUGAAUUGAUUUCAAUUCUGUAAUCUUGAGAAACACUUGCAGAUCCAUGGGUUUUUACCAAUUUUGAAGUGAAAAUAUUCUGCUAAUAUGGUGCAGGAUAGAGUCUCAUGACGAAUCCUUGAGUUGUCCCACUUGAACUUAUCUCAUGAUUCACAUCUAAAGGUUGAUGCUGGGCGGAAUUGUUUUCAGAUUUUAUCUUCUUUCUGUGCUUUGACAUUUCAGUUUUGUAGUGCAUAGGACUGAUUUGACAUAAUUUUGCUAAUUCCGGUCCUGCUAGUGGCUAUUUGCCGAAACUUCUUUAUAGAGACGUUGCACCUUUGUGAACUGACAAAACAUUAUUUCUUUUCUGAGUACAGAGAGCAAUAGUAAUUUUCCUAGAAUAUGAUUUUUACUUAUUUUAGUAAAGUGUUUCUAAUGCAGACCACGAUAUCAUGUUUUUCGGUUUUCUAAUGGCAUCUCAUUGUCUAGUGACUUCUCAAAACUCAAGUAUUAGUGGCAUUCAACACUUCCUGUUUGCUUACAGGGAUGGGUUACUUUUGUGUCAAAGGGAAACUGCUGGCGUUAUUUUCCUGUUACAUGCGCCUGUUGGUGAGAGCAACUUCACAGGUAUGUUCCUUUACUCGAAGUCCCAGUCUCCUGCUGGGUUUGGUUUAAUUUCAUACGGGUGUUUUCCAUUCUUCUUCUAGUCUUUUCUCCUAUGAAAGUAAUUAUAUUUUGAGUGAAUAUUGCCAGAGCGGCUUUCUAGGACAUUGUCUCGAUCCUUGACUUCCCCCAGUCCCAGUGUGCGCUAGAUUUUUGUGCCUUCCACGUUUACUUGCGAAUGUUGUGGAUCUCUAGUGGUUGAUUCGGAGGAUGGCAUUAACUAUUCUUGUUUGUGUAUGAGAACUGUUUUGAAUUUAGCUAUGUUAAGCUUUCCUUGGAUUAGAUUGAUGUCUAGCUAUAGUAACUGGUUCUUGAUAUACAGUUCAUAAGCACUACAA